UCUUCUUCUUCUUCUUCAGACCCGCUAGCUCCUUACUGGAAGCACUUGAAGCGUUGAUUUUUUCACAGAACGUCUCCGAAUUUGCCGGAGGUGUGCAUGCAUAUCAAGCGAUCGUUUCUUUCUUGCCGCAAGUCACUACGGUAGAUCGUUGAGCUCUUCCUCGGUAGUCACUGAACAACGCCAUUUGUUGCUAACUCAGCAUCAGUGAGCCGCAUGCGCCGAGGAGGGCGUUUCCAAUGCGGCGCGCGCGCAUUUUGUCUCGUAAACCUGGUCCACGAACGAGACUAAGCCAGGACUGGAUGCCUUCAGAGAAAACUACUCUCAUCCUUCGGUGCCUUCUGCAGAAUUGUAUGGCUGAGGCAAGCGGUAUCCCUCUUCCAGACUCUGUGUCAGAGUGCGUGGAUCAGUACCAGGAUAUGGAGACUUCCCUCCACUGAAUAUCUCCCACAUUGUCACUCCAUAUGACCACUGUGUU